CACAAAUACUCUCACGGUUACAUUACCUCAUUCCUCCUUCAACCAUGUUUCCCUAUAUAUACAACACUUCAAUCUUCACUUCAAUUCAAGCUUUUUCCACUCUUUGCAAUAUAUACAAUGUUUCCAUCUAACAACCCUUCCUCUUCACAUCCCUCUUCCUCAAAACCUUCAUCUUCCUCACACACAAUAUCACUUCCAAAUUUAGAGGUCUCUCGUGGGAUGUUUGUUACCAACGACGAGGUCCGGUUAGCUUCAACUACCCCGAAGAAGCGUGCAGGGAGGAAGAAGUUCAAGGAGACACGCCACCCGGUGUACAGGGGUGUGAGGAGGAGGAACUUAGAUAAAUGGGUGUGUGAAAUGAGGGAGCCUAACAAGAAGACUAAGAUUUGGCUAGGGACUUUUCCAACGGCCGAGAUGGCAGCACGAGCACAUGAUGUCGCGGCAUUGGCAUUAAGAGGUCGCAACGCCUGUCUUAAUUUUGCUGACUCUGCCUCGCGGCUUCCUAUUCCUGCCACUACAGAGACAAGAGAUAUACAAAAGACGGCUGCAGAAGCUGCCGAGGCUUUCAGACCAGACAAGACUUUAACGACUGAUGACAAUGACAAUGCUGUAGCUGCAGCCGCCGCAGAGGAGCAGCUUAUGUUUAGUAUGGAAGAGGAAGAAGAAGAAGAGGAAGAGUUGAACAUUCCUGAGUCAUUGAGGAAUAUGGCUCUAAUGUCCCCUACACAUAGCUUGGGGCAUGAGUUUGAACAUAUUGAUCAUGGAGAUUUUCAAGAUGAUGAGGUGUCACUAUGGAGUUUUUCAGUUUGAUUUUUUUGUUAUUUUUAUAUGUUUCUUCAAUUUGAUUUGUUUGGCUUACUUUCAAGUUUUAUUAAUUUUUUUUAUGUGAGUUUACUUUUAUUUUUGGAUUGCAGAAUAGAAAAUUGUUUGUACUGGACCAUUUUUAGUAGUGGUACGGAUAAUACUAUAGAUGGAAAUUGAUAAAGAUUUUGUAUUUUUUUUGUAGCUUUUCUGUGAAUCUAACUAAUCGGGUAUAAAGUGCAUCCCUUUUUUAA